CUCAGGAUGUGGAUCCCCCAAAAUGGCAGCGGUCAGAACAACAUCCUUGAUAUUGCAUCUGAACGUAUGUGACCCAGGAGUCUCCUUAAGUUGCCUUCACUACGAUCCUCCCUCCCCCUGCUGCGGAGGUGAUGAUUUGUGGGGGUGAAACGGUCAUGGCUCGUGACCACCGAAGGGAGGAACCCUGACAUGAGGGGACUGCUCAUCUGUGGGGUGUCCUAAAAUAGCCUGACUGAGAGUAUAAAGAGGUGUAAGGGCAGGUCUGGCUUCCAAAGGAGCAGCUCCACACUCGAGUGAUACAGAACGUGUGAGGAAGAAACCAUCAAGGACGACAAAUCUUCUCUAUUUGAACUGACAUAGAAGGAUGAAGUACUACCGCUACCCCGUGUCUCAGACUGUGGGACUUAGAGCUUACACCCAGGACAAGUACAGAAGCUCGGUAUCGCAGAAGCCCCCCCGCAGCGUCCACUUCCCCCACGACAUUGUCUUCCAAGACUUUGUACGGCACGGCGAGUUGGAGAGGAUUGGACGCUUCAUCCGCGCCAGAAGAGUCAGCCUGGACACCAUCUACCACUCUGGUAUGGCAGCCAUCCAUGAGGCAGUACUGUCUGGGAACCUUGAGUGUGUGGAGCUGCUGGUCCACUAUGAAGCAGACAUCCACCAGAGAGACGAGGAAGGGUGGACACCACUUCACAUGGCCUGCAGCGAUGGCUUCCCUCACAUUGCACGCUACCUCCUCUCCCUUGGCGCCGACCCAAAUCUGGAAAACAACAGCGGGGAGAAGCCAGCUGACCUCAUCGACCCAGACAACAAGGAACUGCUGGACAUCUUCGGCCCGGUCGACGACUGAGAACCACUAGUUUCCGCCGCUCGACUGUUGUGCAUGAUGAAGGCACGAUGAGUUCAGUAUCUUCAAGCGGAGAGCUGCCUCAACCGUGGAGGUGAUGGUGGACGCCUAAAGGAAGGAAGCCUGACAGAGCAGGCUGGUACAUGGACUUCCAAGAACCACUUUUUACCCUGCAAUGACUUUCAAUGAACACUUUGGUCUUAUUUGACAUGAUGCUGGAAGGAGGACAAGACAGCCUGUGUUUCCAUUUGAGACACUCUACUUAGUUCCUCAGUGAGUGAAUUUUGACAGCGAAGUGCUGUUCCAAAUCCAUUACUGUCGUUGUGUACUUUGCGGAAAUGACGGUCAUAAUAUUUACCUGCUUCUUAUUUUCUCCUUUUUAAUGGUGAAUUGCAACCAAUCAAGUUAGCCCCCUUCUCAUUUUGCUGCGUAGCCAAGAUGGCGGAUAUUGAGAGUGGUACGUUUCCUGCGCUGCACAGUCACUGAGUGCAACGUCAGAGUACUGACAGUGUACUGCAUUUUGUCUUACUCCUCGGCGUGAACGCACUGAUACACUCAAGGACUUAAGUAGGAGUAUGGAAGUCCGCCACUGUGCGUGCUACAUUGUGUUAGCAUUCUCCAAGUCAAAGCUCAAUGAAUGUUUGGAAUAGAUUCUAGCAUUCAGCAAACUGACAACUGGACAGAUUUCACAUUGUAAAGUUUUGUUAUUUAUUUUUCUACUUUUUCAAAUAAACUGUAGAUACAAUUCCUCAGAUUUAGCUUCAUUUCUCGUCACUGUUAUCAAUAUCAGCGCCAGCAACUACUCUUAUUUGCAUGUUCUCCCCGUCCAUGCGCAGGUUUUCUCCAGGUAAAUUCUCUAAAUUGUCCGUAGGUAUGAAUGUGAGUGUGAAUGGUUGGUUGUCUAUAUGUGCCCUGCGAUUGGCUGGCGACCGGUCCAGGGUGUACCCCGCCUCUCGCCCAAAGUCAGCUGGGAUAGGCCCCAGCAUACCCGCGACCCUAGUGAGGAUAAAGACAAAGAUGCUAGUCUAAACAUUACAAACCAAAGUAUGGAAGUUUGUGACACAGUCAGUGCGGACGUUAUGUACUUUGUAUGUUAGCAUCUGUGUGUGCUACACUGCAUUAGCAUCCUCCAAGAAAAAUCUAAAUGAGAGUUUAGAAUAGAUUCUAACAUUCAGCAAACUGAUAACAGGACAGAUUCCACAUUGUAAACUUUUAUUUUUAUUACGUUUUUACUUAAUUUUCAAAUAA